GAAUCAGGUCGCAUCUCAUCGAAACAAGAUCCAAAACAAAGAUCGAAGAUUUUAGUAGAAGAAUUCGGUUGGGAUUUAGCUGCAACCAAGAAAAUUUGGGCUUUUGGUCCAUUUGACAAUGGUCCGAACAUUCUCGUCGAUGCAACUAAAAGUGUUGAUGGCUUGAGUAACAUUCAAGACGCUGUCGUCUCUGCUUUUCAAUGGACGACACAGGAAGGUGUACUUGCAUCGGAAAAUCUUCGUGGUGUACGAAUCGAACUAUUAGACUGCGAAAUUCACCGUGACUCAGCUCAUCGUCGACCUGAUCAAUUAAUUCCAGCUAUUCGUCGAUGUCUCUUGGCUAGUAUGCACAUGGCACAACCUCGUCUGCUCGAACCUAUCUUCUUAGUUGACAUCGAAUGUCCAACACGCAUGAUCGGUAAGGUCUACUCGACA